UGAAAAGGAAGAAGGGGGUCUGUCCCGGACAGGCUCUAAUCUCGCCUGUUGGGGCCGCCGUCCCACCGGACACUCUGGACCAUGACCUUGGACAGGAAACCCACGGAAGAGACGGACAUUGGCGUGGAGGGUCAGACAGACUGUAGCGAAGAUGUAAAGCAGGCAGAUUUUUCAGUGUUUGGUGAAGGCCGGGCAGAUUUGGCUCCAUCUUUGACUCUGGAAGAGCGCGGAGAAGGAGACUUUGGAGUCCGGCUGCAGGAUGGUCCAGACAGGAGAACCGCCUCGGUGAAGCCUCCGUACUCCUACAUCGCUCUCAUCACCAUGGCCAUCCUCCAGAGCCCGAAAAAGAGACUCACCCUCAGUGAGAUUUGUGAUUUUAUCAGCCAGCGCUUCGCGUAUUAUCGGGAGAAGUUCCCUGCGUGGCAAAACUCAAUCCGUCACAACUUGUCCUUAAACGACUGCUUUGUCAAAAUGCCCCGGGAGCCUGGGAAUCCUGGUAAAGGGAAUUAUUGGACCCUGGAUCCGAUGUCGGCUGACAUGUUUGAGAACGGGAGUUUUCUUCGCCGGAGGAAACGCUUCAAGAGGCAGCAUCUGUAUUUGGGGACGCUGAAGGAGUCGAGGGCGCAGGAGCGCAGCCUGAUGCCAGUUUUCCCGCUGCUCGGAGCGCACAGGAUGAGUUCUAGUCUCCAGACUCCUGAUCUGUACCGUGACCUGGGAUUAGUAAGUCGUCUCGGGUCCCACGUUAUUCCCAACAUCCCACCUGUAAGCAGCAUCAUUCCUGCGCUCUCCUCGCUCCUCUCCAAGAGUUUCCCUUCUAGUCAAACCUUUGAACAUUUCGACCCAGGGCGCUGCGCCGCGGUGCCAUCUUUGAAUAUAAACUCGGCGUUCAUGCCUGCUGUCCGCGGAGUGAUGCCCAACUACCCCGUUUCUCAGCUGCCCCUUUUCCCCACUGGGAUCAUUAAAGAUUCGUCUAAUUUAAUUUAAUCAAAUGCUGAUCGCAUGAUUUGAACUUUCUCUCUGCCUUACGACAAACUGACGGUACAAAAUGUAAAAUAACUUUUUUCACUUUGGCCUAUAGACAGGCCGCCACAUUUAGCAAUUUCAUUGCUCGAAAUAAAUGUUUUCUUGUAAUAAAUAUUCUUACAAUUUUUUUUAUUCUUGUUUGAAAUAAAAUGUGAUUGAUUUCA